AAUUAGAUUACUAUCUCCCCACAUUUGGAAGGCGACAAGCGCACAUAGCUCAUACUGGCCGGAUCCUAUCCCGUUAACGGAGUAGCUGGACCCUACCAGUGAUUUUCCAAUUUAUGACAACUGACAGCUGCCAGUCCAAACGAAAAACCUGAAAAACUGGUAUGGCCAUUUCAUCAUUAAUUAUCCCUAGGUCAUUAGAUUAUGUUCUCGAGGCCGAACACAUGCCCUUCACUCAGAAUGGACAUUACUACGAAUCUUGUAAACAGGGUUGGUUGACAAAAUAUAAAGCUGUCAGAUCUGGCAAGGUCGGGGAAGAAGAGUUGGACCCUCAGGCUAAGAGACACCGAAUUGUUGCUCCCGGAUUUGAAUCUUCCACCUUUUUGAAUACCAACUCCGCUUCCAAGGGCGGUCCUGCAAAUUCAAACCUCUUUUCUUUUACAGGCUUAGGCAAUAUCCAACCGAAACAUGCAGCUGAAAAAAGUCCUUCGCAAAUUCCUUCCGCGUCAUCUUUCUUCGGACUGCCACCCGCCACACCCCUCAGUAGUGGUAAUAGUCUCCUUGCCUCGAAACCUAUCCCAUUUCCAAUUACGACAAUGGACCCAAAGCUCGCGCAAUCUCAACAGGCGGUUCCUGUCGCUCAAGACUCAGACUCAGAUACAAACCGUGCGACAGAACGAAUAGAUUCCAAUUCUCCCGAUAAACAGGCUGUGCAGGAGGCCAUAGCUCUUUUGGUAAAAGCUGGUUUGCCUGUAGCCUCGUUGGAUCCCACGGACCUUUUAGGAAAGCUCAUACCGCCUGAUGAGUAUGAGACGGAAUUAGGGGUAAUGGCAGAGGUUCGCGGGUACUUCCAGGUUGCAUACAAACGCAUGAUAGAUAACGUUCCGAACUUCAUCGACUUGUUAUUCGUCAGAAAGCUUGGAAAAUCUUUGCAGCCACAUCUCAUAUCCAAAUUAGGCAUGGGGACACCAUCAGCAAACGAGCGUUGCGGAAGUUUGCUAGGAGAAGACCCAAUGCUUGUCUUACGCAGGGAGGAGCUUUUGGCACGAAGGAAGAGACUUGAAAGCGUUGAAAAGGAAUUGGAUGCAUAUUCUUUACGCAUGUGAAAUCAUGGAUAAACAUAAACAGCUUGUUUCAAACUGGGGGGGAAGCAUGUGAGAUCUAGAGCCCUACGAAGAGAGAAGGGUUGAGUGUCAAGAACAAAUUGGAUGGUGAGUUAUUGGAAUAUUCAUA